AUGUCGUGGCGCAAUCAAGGCAUCACAGGUUCUAACAACAUCCCCCUUGGAACGCGUCGUCGGCUUGGAGGCGAAGGCGAUGGUGACUCGCGAAAUGAUAGCGCUGCGAGCUCUCCGGCCUGGGGUGACUCGAGCAAGCGUGGGCGAAGUCCUCCCAGAGCUGACCCUACGGCCGACGGCGUCAAGAGGCGUAGAAAGCGCAAUCGCUGGGGUGAAGCCGGUGAAAAUAAAGCAGCAGGCCUCAUGGGCCUUCCAACCAUGAUCCAGGCGAACAUGACAGCAGAACAACUCGAGGCGUACGCCCUCCAUCUCCGUAUCGAAGAGAUCAGCCAGAAGCUGCGAAUAAACGACGUGGUCCCUGCGGAAGCAGACAGAUCGCCAUCGCCGCCACCUCAGUAUGACAAUUUCGGCCGUCGUGUCAACACUCGCGAGUUUCGUUACCGCAAACGGCUGGAAGAAGAACGCCACAAAUUGAUUGAGAAGGCCAUGAAAACCAUCCCCAACUACCAUCCGCCUUCUGACUACAGGCGGCCUACCAAGACACAGGAAAAGGUCUAUGUGCCGGUCAACGAUUAUCCCGAGAUUAACUUCAUCGGACUACUUAUUGGACCUCGUGGCAACACCCUCAAGAAAAUGGAAUCCGAGUCAGGAGCCAAGAUCGCCAUUCGAGGCAAAGGCUCUGUGAAAGAAGGCAAAGGACGAUCUGAUGCAGCUCAUACUAGCAACCAGGAAGAGGAUCUACACUGUCUCAUCAUGGCAGACACCGAAGAGAAAGUCAACAAAGCCAAAGCAUUGAUUCACAACGUCAUCGAAACAGCAGCAUCCAUCCCCGAAGGUCAAAAUGAACUCAAGCGAAACCAGUUGCGCGAACUUGCCGCGCUCAACGGUACGCUCCGUGAUGAUGAGAACCAAGCAUGUCAAAAUUGCGGGCAAAUCGGCCACCGCAAAUACGACUGUCCCGAGCAGCGCAACUUCACGGCCAACAUCAUCUGUCGAGUCUGCGGUAACGCUGGCCACAUGGCGAGGGAUUGUCCAGACCGACAGCGGGGCGCCGACCCGCGUAACAACAUCCCUGGAGGAUUCGGCGGGCCACAGCGUCGCCUGGGCGCUGCCGAUGCUGUCGACCGAGAGAUGGAGAAUCUCAUGCAAGAGCUUUCUGGCAAUGCAUCUGGGAACGGUCCUGCAGGUCGCAUCGAAGCUGCACCUGGCGCCUAUGAUCAGGGUGACUCGUACGCAGCUGGCGGCGAUUCUCGUCCCUGGGCACGCCAGCCGACUGGUGGUGUUGCUCCUUGGCAGCGGGAUCGACAAGACCGACAUGAACGAGACUACGCCCCGCGAGAUUAUGGCCAACGAGAUUAUGGCGAUCGAGACUAUAGCCACCGAGACGGCGGCUCGUCACUCCCGCCGUGGGCCCAGAGUCGAGGAGGGGAUACACAAGGAGGAUACGGUGCCGCACCCACUCAAGCAGCACCCCCCUGGCAGCAACCGCAACAGCAGCAACCACCUCCGGCACAAGGCUACGGGUAUGGCGGGUAUCAUGGUUACGAUGCUCAACCUGCAUACGGCGUGCCUCCUCCACCGGCCGCCCCUCCUGGACUGAGCUCUUUCUUGCAGCAGUACAGUGGUACCGCCGCUCCCCCUCCACCACCAGAUGUACAAGCUCCCCCUCCGCCGCCGGAUCAACCUCCGCCACCGCCAGGCAUGCGUGAUUACUACCCACCACCACCCCCUUCGGCAUAA